AUUUACAUAAAAAACGACAAUAUUAAAACGACUUAACUGAGACUAAACAAUGGGCUGUUUUUGUAUUUUGUUUUGUUUUUCACUAAAGUACAGGCUAUGUCUAAUCAUUUACAUUUACAGUUUAAAAAAGUGACUUACAAUAGACGAACAUUGCUAGUAAUUUGUCACAGAACCAAACAAUAUUUGUAUCUAUUUGUUUUAUUUUAUUUUUAAUUACUUAUCAUUUAUUUACCUUUAAAAGGCGACGAACAUUAGUCAAACAAUAUCUGUUUUUUUUAUAUGUUUCCUUUUAUUUUUAAUUCAGAAUAUUUCGAAUGCAGGCUACCUGCAUUAAGGGAACAAUAUUAUUCAUCUAUUGCAAAUGUGUUUUAUUUCCUUUUUUUGUUUGUUUCGGAAAGACCACAGAAAACACGAAGCGAAUCGUCACAGAACAAACAUGCAUGCACGCAUCCUCGUUGUUGCAAUGGGGCUGUCACUUCACCCUCAUUGGGUUAUCAUUAAAGAAUGCGUGCUUUUUACACCUCUCCGUGUAUUUCCAUUUCAAUGGAUAAAGUGUGUCAGCGUCACCAUUCACAUGUUAAUGGUUUUAAGGCCACUUCUGUAGCCGCACGUAGGCGGCUUACAUCACGUGACCCCCGUUCCUUUUCUCAGCGUUGUCCGUAACGACUAACUCACACCGCUCGCGAUGAUUAAAUAACUGUUAAUAAUCCCACAGCCAUUUCACUCGCGCCGUUCCCAAUCACACCAAAUCACGAUUUCCAAAAUAACGCUCUAAAAAGCGUCUCCGUUAGCGCGCGACCGAGCGGGAGAGUCGCGUUUCUGAGCCGCCGGUCGCCCCCUAAAGGAAGGCGAGGCGCGAGUCACGGGAAACGCGCGUCGUCCUGCCCCUCGGACGCUGAGCUCGAACGCGCUGAAUGGGGUUUUCGCGUGAAUGUCCGCCCACCGAAGCGCGACACACAUUCUGCACGUUCCACAUGCGCCGCAGGUGCGCUGGGCUCCGAUCCCGUCGCGCUCGUGGACUCUCUCGCGCGGAGCGAUUAUAAAGCCCACCUAUAGUCCGCCGCGCGCGACAUUCCCGAUCCGUCUCUUGGCGUCAGGCACCGGGGUCGUAAAACUUCUUUUGAAUGCAAGGAGCCGAGGACAAAAUGCCGUUUCUUCAGCACGCGCUGGACUCGCAGCUGGAGAGUUUGGCUUCGGAGCAGGUGGUCCCGGCUCUGCUGGACCGGGGCUUCUUUUACGUGGACCAUUUUCUGGGGGACAUCGCCGGCCACAUGGUUCUGGGUCAGGUCAAACGCAUGCAUUACUGCGGGCUUCUCAACGACGGGCAGCUGGCCAGACGAAGCAACGGAGUUUGCAGGAGAAGCAUCAGGGGAGAUAAAAUAACGUGGGUUAACGGGACCGAGAGGGGCACGGAGGCCGUCAAUUUCUUAUUAACACUCAUAGACAAACUCAUUUCUCUGUGUGUGGGACAUCUGGGCAAAAGCAUUCGCGCGAGGUCAAAGGCGAUGGUGGCUUGCUAUCCAGGAAACGGAGCAGGAUACGUGAAGCAUGUAGAUAACCCUAAUGCGGACGGCCGCUGUGUCACCUGUAUUUACUACCUGAAUAAAAACUGGAACGCAAAGGAGCAUGGCGGAUUGCUAAGGAUCUUUCCUGAAGGGAAAUCUUACGUAGCUGACAUCGAGCCUUUGUUCGAUCGACUCCUGCUUUUCUGGUCGGAUCGUAGAAACCCUCACGAAGUUCAACCGUCGUACGCUACGAGGUAUGCAAUCACCGUGUGGUACUUUGAUUCAGAGGAAAGGGCUGAAGCAAAAAGAAAAUUCAGAGAUUUGACAGCCAACUCGCAGAAAGGUUCGUCAUCGUAACAGAAAUGCACUGGCCUGUCUCUUUGGAGAGGAUUUCUUUUGUCUGCUGUCUUAUUUCUUUGCUUUUUUUUUAUUCCCUAUUUUUACAUGGCUUGUUGCACUAAAGGUACCUCUCAACCCCACUUUAUAUUUGUGAUUUACCACGUUUGAAACCGAUCCUUGAAAUAAGUGAAGAGUCCUUUGAAUAACCCGCUGCUAACGUAAAGACAAUUUUGUGAAAAACAAAAAAUGUGAAAAUCUUAAGACUGAUUAAUGCAUUAUUAGAUGUUUAUAGUAAUUAGAUUCUUCUUUUUGAAAACUUUUCUGAGAUGUAUUGUUUAGAUAUAUAAGAUAAAAUUAAUACGGAAUAGAUAGAGAGAGAAAUAUAUUUAUAUAUAUAUAUAUAUAUACACACUAGUGAUUGUUUAAGAAAUACAUAAUUAAGCGUUUUAAAUAUCUUCUUUUGAUGCUUGUGCUGUUUUGUUACAUGCUAUUAUUUGCUGUUUUGUAUGUUUUGGCACAUAUUUGAAUGUUAUUUGCGCAAUUUGUGAACACUUCAGUAAAAAAAGGAAAUUUGAAGUCGCGUGUAUAUAUAUUUAGACGCUUUAUUAUUUUUGAAUGACAGUUUAAUGUCGAAUGAGACUCUUUUAAAUAGAGAUGUUUGUAAAAGUCAUUCUGUACUGUGUUCACAAACGUUUAAAAGGCACUUGAUCGGAUGAUAUUGCUUUCUUCGUUCGGUCCCAGUGUGUUAGUUUAAUGAGAGAAUUGAAUCAGCUUGCAUGCAGGUCAGCAAUGCUGCUCUACCACACCCUCGGAUCAAUAAUAUUUGACAGCUUUUCAUAAAAUUUUGAGCUUUGUAUAAAUGUUUCUUUUACAAAAGUUGUUCUGGAAAAUAAAUGUCGAAAUGUGUGAACAUGUACUGUACACUAAUUGAGAUUUACAACAAUUUGAAAUGGUCAAACAAUGUGUUGAAAUGUUUUCAAUUGUCUGUUAUUUUCGGUAAUAAAGUUUUUUUCCCCUUUGGCCAUGAUUUA